AUGUUGCACGACAAUUCAAAGGAACGUUCAGUUACGUCCAAAUGCCCGUUUGAAGUUUACAGAUCAGAAGGAGAUGCCUUCUUUUUCAGAAAGAAAUAUCUUCAGGCGAUAUCAUGUUACUCGCAGGCUCUGGAGAAAAAAGACCGCGAUGUCCAUUGCCUGUUGCGACGUUCUUUUUGUUACAUGUCCCGGGGAGACUUCGACAAAGCGUUUGAAGACGCGGAACUGGCGCUAAAAUUGGAACCAAGGUUUCACAAAGCUCUGUUUCAAAAAGCGGAGGUGCUGUAUAACCGGGGAGAUUUUGAGUUUGCUCUUCUUCACUACCAUCAGGGCUACAAAAAACGUCCGGAAAUCCAAGAAUUUCGCUUGGGUGUACAAAAGUGCGAAGAAGCCAUACAAAAUGCCUUGGGACUUCACAGUUUACUUCUUGAUAUGUUCUCACCUUCAGAGAAGACUUUUCCACAUAUGAAAAGAAGCAAAGUGAAGUCUACCUCGGAAGAAAGCAUGGGGGAAGAUACAAGUCGUCCAUCUGAAAAGAGCAACAAGAAGGCCGACUCUCAUUCAAAUCAAGAUAUUCUAUUGCAUCUUCUUCCCAAAGACAAGGCUCGACGUGCAUUCGGCUUCUUGCAGGAUGACCAUGAGUAUUUGAAGAACUUUCUGAAACAAGAAAAAUCCAAAAAGUGGAAAACCAAACGCUCAGACGAACUGAGUAAAAUCGCCAACGAUGGUCUGGACUAUUUGGAUAUGCGGUCCAAGUUCUGGCAACAAGAGCAACCACUUUAUGCUCGUUCUAAAGCAAGGUCGACAAAGAGCAGGACAACAAAAACGCAGAAGGACAAGGAUCAAGGCAAAAAUAUCUGCAAGGUUCUUGAGAGACUCCACGAAAUUGACCAGUAUCAACAAGCAGACGAACACGUGACCGCAAUUCGUCUGGCGGAAGGCUUGCGUCGCGAAGUGGGUGAAUGGACGGAUGAUGAUUUCCCCAAUCGCCUGGAGGUCCUGGCUAAUGUGAAUUCCAUGUUAGGCAUAUCGCACCUGGAACUCACUCACUAUGAGGCAGCUCUUGAAGCGCAUGAGAGGGCUUACGAACUGGGAGAAAAGUGCAAACUCCCAGAAAUUGUAUCUCAUUCACUGGAUAAUAUUGGUCGCGUACACGCGAAGAAAGGUGAUUAUCAGGCAGCGAUUGACGUGUGGUCAAAGAAACUCGCCGACUGCUCGGAUAAAUUCGAGCAGAUCUGGUUACGUUACGAAAUCGGUCGUUGUAAUCUGGAGCUGCAACAGUCGGCGGAGGCUCUGGAACAUGGUGAUCACGCGCUGCAGUUGGCCAAAGAAGUGGGUGAUGAGUCCUGGCAACUCAACCUGAACGUCCUCAUCGGGCAAGCCAAUCUGCAUAUGCAAAGAAAUGCUGAGGCCCAAGUUGCCUUCACGAGAGCAUAUGAUCUCGCUAAAACGCUGAAGGCUUCCGACGCUGAAAAGGCAAUUAUUGAAGUGAUGGAAGAAUUCCAAUCUACUGAAUGUGAAUUGGAUUUGGAUACCCUAAACGAAAUGGACAAUUCAAGUGAAUCGCCCAUAAGAAAAUUCACGAUGCAUAUUCAGCGUAGCAGAUGUGCACCUCCAGCGGCCCCAUAAUCAACGGUCAAGCGAAAGAACUACCGUCAAACUUCUCAUCAGGCUUCGCGUUCCAAAAACUAUUGCGAAAUCCACCAAGAUCCAUAUUUACAUUAUGUUCGUUCAUCUUCCUUGAGAUUUUGACACUCUGAUGGAGAUGAGUUAGAAAUGAAAAAAAUAUCCCUGUUUUCUUUGUAUGUUGUUGUGACAACAUACAUUGUUGUUUCUUCC